AUGAGGCCAAUUUCCAUUCACCAAUUUUCAAACUUUUUGUCACUUUUUCUUUCACAGAAAAGAAAUAGGAAGAAGAAGAAUCAGCAACAACUACAACCCCACCGGCCGGCGACAUCCGCCGCGCUGGAAUCACGGGAGCACUACGACCAUUCCCAGCAACGCAACCUCCACCGUCGAAACAACAGCAGGCUUCACUCCGCCCAAACGCACCUACUCAACCACCGACGAAAUCCCGCCGUCAUCCUUCGAGAAAGCUGCCACGCCUCAAAAGCUCCACCAAACCGCGAGCCCCUGAUCCCGUGCCUUCAAACACCGCGGCCAGCCUUUUUCUAUCCGACGCGAAAGCUCCAUUGGCAACACCCUUCGAUGCGCUCUCCAACAGUCGCUAUUAAAGUUAGCAGCUCAGGAGUUGGUGAGGAUGGCUCUAGAGCUAUGUUACUUUAA